AGGAAAUUGUUUUGCCAGCAAAAGAGAACGGGACUCCUGGCCCAGAGGCUGUGGUUCUGCCGGUCACGGGAACGGGGUUAGAGGUGAUUCCCAGGCUGCGUGGCCCGGUUCUCUGUUGGAGUUGGAAGUCACGUGUUCACUUGGGAGCCAGUAGUUUCUGAGAACUCCUGGGCGGUCCCCAGGUCUGAAGGGCUUCGUUCCUGUGGUGGGUUUGUACUCAAGAACUGGAAGUCUGCCUGGAAUGGGGAAGAAGGGUGACCCCGCUCCCCCCACGCCCCGAGUUUGGGGAGCGGGGAGAAACACGUUCAUUUAAAAAAUAAGUCGCGGUGGCAGAGAGCAGGGGCUGUAUUCAAAACAUAAAGAGGACGCUGCUGUUUCGGAUGCACCCCCAGAGGGAAGCAGCCCCAGCCCAGGAGUGGUGUCCCCACAGGGAGGUGGACCCCAACUUAGGCCAUGCGGGUCCUUGACAUUUUUCCAGAAAGGGAUUUAAGAACAGGUCAAAGUGAGGCAAUACAUUGAUUUUUAUCUGGAGAAGGAAGCCAUUCUCCAUUUCAGAUGGGGGGCCCUGAAUUCAGUUUCAUUCUCUACUAGGGAUUGUUUUCUGAUGUUUUUGAUGAAAAAUCUAUACUGAUUUCCCUUGGGGGGUGUUCAUUGUUCUGCGUUGUGAAUUUAAACAGUACUGCGUUGGUGUAACAUUGAGAACUAAUUGAGAGUAUGACAUGUGAAUGAAGACAUCAGAUUCUUGUGGUAUAAAUCAGAAAUAUCUAUUUACUGAGCAGUUUUCUUUCUCCUCUCUUUACUAAUUGGCACAUUAUAAUCAUACAUAAUAAUAGAUUCAUUGUGACAUACUCAUAUUUGUAUGUAACAUAGGAUCUGUUUUUCUUUAGGUCCAGGUCAGGAGAGAGGUUACUAAAGGACCUGUGGAUAAGGAUAAGGAUUGCCAAUCAAUUUAUUUAUUUUUUAAUAUUUUAUUAGUUAUUGGUGGACCUUUAUUUAUUUGUUUAUAUGUGGUGCUGAGAAUUGAACCCAGUACCUCAUACGGGCGGGGCAAGCUCUGUAGCCCCAAAUCCAGCCCCCGACAGUCAAUUUAAUAGUAUUAUUUGUGAUCAAAGUAUGUGGAAGGAGCACUUAAAUCUGACCUUUUUAAAACAUGGGCAGAAGAGAGGAGUGCAUGGUACAGGGAGGGGCAGCUUACCUGGUGGUGACUGAACAGGAAAGAGAGAGAGGAAGGGACCCCAGGACCCCCAUACUCCCUUCAGGGGCACACCUCCAGUGACCUAAUUUCUCCCCACUAGACUCCACCUCCUAAGAGUUCCUCCACCUCCCAAUAUUGCCACAGGCUGGGAACCAUACCUUUCGUAUAUCUGACUAUAAUGGGGAGCGGGAGGGGUGGGGAGCACAAAGAGUGUUUUGGAGCAUGUUAAAGACCUUCCCAGGAGAUGCAUUGGGGUUGCUAGGUGGGUUUGCAAGGGUGAGUGCAGAGAUGUGGGGCUAUGUACCUGCUCUGUGACUCUCCCCAUGGGGUAUGGGUGCAGACUGGGCAGGUAGUUGUGAGGGCAUAAGGGUGUAGAUGUCCAAAAAAGAGUAACACAGGGAGGGCCACAGUCUUCUGGGUGAAGAGGACAGGUGCAAAGGAGGGAGUGUGGGAAGCGGGUGUGGGGUGGGGAGGCCAGCUGCCAGGGCAGAGCUCUGAUGCCUUUUGUGCAGCCUCUGGUCAGCCAGGGUGGAGACCUCCAGGGAACUAUCUAAGGCCUGGCAUUCCAGGCAAGCCUCCGUCUCCAGUGCCCUGGAUCAGAGCUCCCUCUUCUUCAGAUUGGACUGUGGAGCCAGCCCCCUCCCAGGAGGCCAGGUGUGCAUGGCUGGGGGGCUCUCCUGGUGCAGGUCCAGGUUGGGGUCUGUCCCAGACCAAGGCCAGGUUGCAGCAGGAGGAGCUGCCGACUGCCCAUCCCACUGCCUUGUCUGGGAGGAAGCUCCCUAGAGUCCCGCCCAGCCUGCCCAGCCCACCACAAGAGCUUGACAUUCCAUCCUGACCAGAUUCUGUGUCACCAGGGCCCCUCUCCUGCCACAGGGGCUUUCCUGAGGAUGAGCCUGCUUCACCCCUGGGUGAGAUGCCAGCCUCUGUCCAUGGCUGGUGUCAGGGGAGUCCUUGCUGGUGCCUUCUUUGUCCUGGGCUGCUUGGCACUCUCCGUUUUCCAGCAGAACUUUCUUGAGGCCCUGGAGCCCAAGGACCUGGCUUCUUACUUUGGCCCCAGUGCUACCUUUGAAGGCCGUCCUUCCCCUCGUCUCCAGAGACGGAGACGGGCUGUAGGGGGCACCCUGCACCUGGAACUGCUGGUGGCUGUGGGCCCCGAUGUCCACCAGGCUCACCAGGAGGAUACAGAACGCUACAUACUCACCAACCUCAACAUUGGGUCAGAACUGCUGAGGGACCCGUCCCUGGGGGCUCAGUUCCGUGUGCACCUGGUGAAGCUGAUCAUUCUCACAGAGACCAAGGAUGCUCCCAACAUCACAGCCAACAUCACCUCGUCCCUGUUGAACGUUUGUGAGUGGAGCCAGACCAUCAACCCUGUGGAUGUCACAGACCCUGGGCAUGCUGACCUGGUCCUCUACAUCACCAGGUUCGACUUGGAGUUGCCUGAUGGCAACCGACAAGUUCGGGGGGUCACCCAGCUGGGGGGUGUCUGUUCCCCCUCCUGGAGCUGCCUCAUCACAGAGGACACUGGCUUCGAUCUGGGGGUCACAAUUGCCCAUGAGAUUGGGCACAGCUUUGGCCUUGACCAUGAUGGUGCACCAGGCAGUGAAUGUGAGCCCAGUGGCCAUGUGAUGGCAUCUGAUGGUGUGGUGCCAGUGCAUGGGGGCCUGGAGUGGUCCACGUGCAGCCGCCGGCAGCUGCAGCACCUGCUUAGCUUGGGACAGGUGCCCUGCGCGUGGGACCCACCACAGUCACCAUCUGGAUCCAAGGACCACCUGCUGGAUGUACAGCCAGGCCUCUACUAUGGCGCAGAUGAGCAGUGCCGGGUGGCCUUUGGCCCAGGGGCUUUUGCCUGCACCUUUACCAGAGAGGGCCUGGACAUGUGCCAGGCUCUCUCCUGCCACACAGACCCUCGGGACCAAGGUAGCUGCAGCCGCCGCCUCAUUCCCCUGCUCGAUGGGACAGAAUGUGGUACGGAGAAGUGGUGUUCCAAGGGUCACUGCCGCUCAUUGGCAGAGCUGACCCCCGUGGCAGCAGUGCAUGGACAGUGGUCCAGCUGGGGUCCCCGCAGCCCUUGCUCCCGCUCCUGUGGAGGAGGUGUGGCCACCAGGAGGCGGCGCUGCAGUAACCCCAGACCUGCCUUUGGAGGGCGUGCGUGUGUCGGGGCUGACCUCCAGGCCGAGAUGUGCAACACCCAGGCCUGCGAGAAGACUCAGCUGGAGUUCAUGUCGGAGCAGUGUGCCCAGACUGAUGGCCAGCCGCUGCACCUCUCCCCAGGCAUCCCCUCCUUCUACCACUGGGGUGCCGCAGCACAGUACAGUCAAGGGGAUGCUCUGUGCAGACACAUGUGCCGGGCCAUUGGCAAGAGCUUCAUUGUGAGGCGUGGAGACCAUUUCCUGGAUGGGACUCGGUGUGUGCCGAGCGGCCCUCGGGAGGACGGGGCCCUGAGCCUGUGUGUGUCUGGCAGCUGCAGGACAUUUGGCUGCGAUGGCAGGAUGGACUCCCGGCUGGUGUGGGAUGCAUGCCAUGUGUGUGGAGGGGACAAUAGCACGUGCAGCCCACAAAAGGGCUCCUUCACGGCUGGUAGAGCCCAAGAGUAUGCCACCUUCCUGACGGUCACACCCAACAUGACCAAUGUGCACAUAGUCAACCACAGGCCACUCUUCACGCACCUGGCCAUGAGGAUCCGAGGGCGCUACAUUGUGGCUGGGAAUGGCAGCAUCUCCCCCAGCACCACCUACCCCUCCCUACUGGAGGACAGCCGUGUGGAGUACAGAGUAACCCUCACAGAGGACCAGCUGCCCUACCUGGAGGAAAUCCGCAUCUGGGGACCAGCCCAGGAAGACAUGGAGAUUCAGGUGUAUCGGCGGCACAGCGAGGAGCACGGCCAGCUCACCCGCACCAACGUCACUUUCACCUACUUCCAGCCUAGGCAGCAGGCAGCCUGGGCAUGGGCCCCCAUGCGCGGGCCCUGCUCGGUGAGCUGUGGGGCAGGACUGCGCUGGGUGUCCUAUGGCUGCCUGGACCAAGCCCGGGGGCAGUGGGUGGAGACUGCCCAGUGCCAAGAAAGCCCCCAGCCUCCCUCAUGGCCAGAGUCCUGCAACCCUGCACCGUGCCCCCCAUACUGGCUGGCUGGAGACUUCGGCCCAUGCAGUGCCUCCUGUGGGGGAGGCCUCCGUGAGCGGCUGCUGAGCUGUGUGGAGGCACAGGGGGGCCUCCUGAGGACGUUGUCCCCGGCCCAGUGCAGAGCGGUGGCCCAGCAGCCAGCAGUGGAGGUGGAAACCUGCAACUCCCAGCCCUGCCCAGCCAGGUGGAAGGUAUCAGACACUGGCCCCUGCACAGUAGCCUGUGGAACAAGUGUGGCCUUCUGGAAUAUAACACCUGUGCAGGGGUCAGAUGGCCUGGAGGCACCAGCAACUACAGGGCCCUGCUGCAUGGAUGAGAGGUCACCUGCUCUCAAGCCCUGUACCAGGAUGGCAUGUCCUCCAGGCUGGAGUCAGCUGGACACCACGUCUCUUGGGGAAGAGGCCCCCUUGCCACUGGGCAGUGCCAGGCUAGAGGCUCAGGCCACACACAUGUGGACUCCUCUGACAGGGCCAUGCUCUGUCUCCUGUGGGCGAGGUCUGAUGGAGCUGCGUUUUCUGUGCAUGGACUCUGCCCUGGGGACACCUGUCCAGGAAGAGCUGUGUGGUGUGGCUGGCAAGCCUGGGAGCCGGCAGGAAGUCUGCUGGGCUGGCCCGUGCCCCGCUCGGUGGGAGGCCCGAGCCUUGGCACCGUGCCCAGUGACUUGUGGAGGGGGUCAGGUGCCCCUGGCUGUGCGCUGUAUAAGGUUGGACCACGGCCGCCCUGUCCCUUUGCCCCACUCCAAGUGCUGGCCAGUGCCCCGACCUGGCCCCUUUGAGGACUGCAGCCCAGAACCCUGUCCAGCCAGGUGGAAGGUCACAUCCCUUGGUCCUUGCUCAGCCAGUUGUGGCCCUGGCACUGCUGUCCGCACAGUGGCCUGCAUGCAACUUGAAGGAGGCCAGGACACUGAGGUGGAUGAGGUGUCCUGUGCAGCUCUGGUGCGGCCACAAGCCAGUGUCCCCUGCCUCCUCACUGACUGUACCUACCUGUGGCACGUUGGCACCUGGACAGAGUGCUCUGUCUCCUGUGGGGAUGGCAUCCAGCGCCGGCACGCCACCUGCCAUGGAGCCCAGGCACCUGUGCCAGCCAGCUUCUGCCAGCACUCACCCAAGCCAGCAACAGUGCGCAGCUGCCAAGCUGGGCCUUGUGAGGGGCGGGGGACCCUCCACUCAGUGCCCCACAAAGAAGCCACUGACCCCAGCCAGACCACAGCUGCUGUUGCUGGUGCUUCUCUGGAGUGGCCCCAGGAAAGCCUGGUGGAGUCCAGUGCCUGUGGCAGGCAGCACCUGGAGCCCACAGGAACCAUUGACAUGCGAAGCCCAGGGCAGGCGGACUGUGUGGUGGCCAUCGGGCGGCCCCUGGGUGAGGUGGUAACACUCCAAGUCCUUGAGAGCACCCUCAACUGCAGUGCAGGAGAGAAGUUGCUGCUUUGGGGCCGGUUCAUGUGGAGGAAGUUGUGUGGGAAGCUGUCUGGCCUGACUUUCAGCUCCAGGACCAACAUUCUGGUGGCUAAGCUACACCUUGUGUGGCCCGGAAGUGGAGUGCUGCUGGGGUACAGGAGCCAGCCUGCCCCUGGAACUUUCUACAGAGAAUGUGACAUACAGCUCUUUGGACCCCAGGGUGAAAUCGUGAGCCCCCUACUGAGUUCAGCGAUGACGGGUGCAGGGGGCUGCCGGGUCUUCAUCAGUGUGGCUCCACAAGCCCGGAUUGCCAUCCAUGCUCUGGUCACCCACAUGGGCCCUAGAACUAAGGGAACCAACGCCAGCUAUGUCUCAAUCCGGGAUGCCCACAGCCUGAGGACCACAACAUUCCAUGGGCAGCAGGCGCUCUACUGGGAGUCAGAGGGCAGUGAGGCUGAGGUGGAGUUUAGCCAGGGCUUCCUGGAGGCACAUGCCAGCCUGCAGGGUCAGUACUGGACCCUCAAUCCCAGAAUGCCAGAAGAGCCUGGAGCAUAGCCAGGCCCUGCCUUGGAUUUCUCUCCAAGCUUUGGAAGGAAAGAGAAGGAACCCAACACCUACUGAACACUAGUAGAUGUCUGGGCAACCUGCAGGGUUUAACUCUGGUCUCAGAGUGCCUUCCAACUAGGACUUCCAUCAAUCUUAGGGAUUCUCCUUUGGGGUCUUGGCCUUAGGUGUAGGAGGUGGAGACUCUUUGGGAAAGCAGUUCCCAGCCCUUCAGAUGUCAAUAAAGGAAAUGGGAGGCCUGA